AUGUCAACAAUUUUCGAUCCUCGAGUUUAUGUCUGGUUCCUUUGGGAAAACGGGCAGUAUAUGCUCAACAAGCACAGCAGCAAAGUUCGUCAACGGGGUCAACAAGCGAUACAGCUUCAACGAGCGGGACAGCUUCAACAAGCGAUACAGCUUCAACGAGCGGGACAGCUUCAACAAGCGAUACAGCUUCAACGAGCGGUACAGGUUCAACGAGCGAUACAGCUUCAACGAGCGGUGCAGCUUCAACAAGUGAUACUUCAAGUACUUCGGGUACAGCUUCCGAGUCAACAACAGAGAGCACCCAGCGAAUCAUCUGAAUCUAGUACAAGCGCACAGACAACGACUACCACCAAUGCGAAUCCGAAUCCA